GAACAUGUUAUCGAAUAGCGUGGAUUUUGGGACAGCCGACGGACAUUAGAUUAUCGUUGUUGUUGGGUUCUUUAAAGCGACGGGGGAGCAAACAAUCUUAUCUGUUUUGGGGUUGAUUGUCGGACAGUAUUGUUCAGUUUUUACGACCGUUUGCUGGUGAAAUGACCAUGUUGCAGUCAGAGGACAACUUAAGAGACCAAAAGAACACCAGGAGGAGGAAAACUGGGGUUUAUAAAAUGGAGACCAACGACGAGGUUGUUUUCGAAAACAACAGGUUUCUUAGCACCUUGGCUAUUGGAAAAAGGAAAAUAUCGGAGGAACUUUUGCCGCCAGGCUCGGCCGGCAUCUUUCGGCAGCGGCCGUCACCAUUCGAACACCACUUGACACUGAGCGGGUGCGCACGCGCGGCCAAGCAUUCCUUCGGUAAUAUCGGCAACAUUCUGUCCAGAAAGAUGGCGGCGUCAACAUCACAACCGUCGAUUCCAUGGCCGAACACCAAAGACGAUUACGAACUGGGCAAAGUUAUCGGCGUGGGAGCGACCGCAGUUGUCCACGGUGCAUUUUGCAAGCCGCGCAACGAGAAGUGCGCCAUAAAAAAGAUCAACUUGGAAAAAUGGAACACCUCGAUGGACGAACUGUUGAAGGAGAUCCAGGCCAUGUCCAGCUGCAACCACGAGAACGUCGUCACGUAUUACACCAGUUUCGUCGUCAGGGAGGAGCUGUGGCUCGUUCUCAGGCUCCUCGAAGGCGGAAGUCUUCUGGACAUAAUCAAACACAAAAUGCGCGCCUCGAACUGCAAGCACGGCGUCUUCGACGAGUCCACGAUCGCCACAGUGUUACGUGAGGUCCUCAAAGGGCUCGAGUAUUUCCACAGCAACGGCCAAAUACACAGGGACAUCAAGGCGGGAAAUAUACUGCUCGGCGAGGACGGUACGGUGCAGAUAGCCGAUUUCGGCGUGUCCGCCUGGCUGGCUACAGGUCGCGACCUCUCCAGACAGAAAGUCAGGCACACUUUCGUCGGUACGCCCUGUUGGAUGGCCCCUGAAGUCAUGGAGCAGGAUCACGGCUAUGAUUUCAAGGCGGAUAUUUGGUCGUUCGGCAUCACCGCCAUCGAAAUGGCCACCGGUACAGCCCCGUAUCACAAAUACCCGCCCAUGAAGGUACUUAUGCUCACCCUACAAAACGAUCCUCCCAACUUGGAUACGGGCGCCGAAGAAAAGGACCAGUACAAAGCGUAUGGAAAGACGUUCAGGAAAAUGAUCACGGACUGCUUGCAAAAAGAGGCUUCGAAAAGACCGACCGCAUCGGAGCUGUUGAAACAUCCCUUCUUCAGGAAAGCCAAGGACAAGAAGUACCUGCAACAAACCUUGGUGGCUAUUGGGCCCAGCUUAGAAACAAGAGUGCAAAAGGCAUCAAAGAGGCAGCCGGGAGCGUCGGGCCGUUUGCACAGGAAAGAAACCGGUGAAUGGGUCUGGUCCAGCGAAGACGAGGGCGACGACGGCGCCUCCUCCGAAAGCGACACCGACUCGAAACCGAUGAACACGCUGAUUUCGGCUGGUUCAUCCGGUUCGGACCACGAGAGCAGUGAAGGUGACGCACCGCCCGUCAAUCUUGUCUUGAGAAUGAGAGAGCUUGUUCCUCAGUUCCCCACCACCAGAAAUGCGAAACGAGAAUUGAACGACAUCAGAUUCGAAUUUGCCGUGGGCAAAGAUUCGGCAGACGGCAUUGCCUCAGAACUGGUCGGCGCCGGUUUAGUCGACGGCAGGGACAUAAACGUGAUCACUGCGAACCUACAAAAACUCAUCGACACGAGGGAUAGUAACAAAGUAGUCACCUUUUCUUUGAACUCCGGAGUGAGUACACAAGAAACACCGGACGAAAAAGCUUUGAUCGGCUUCGCCCAAAUAUCAAUAAUGGACUGAAAUAGACUGGUAUUUUCUGUACGCCUCAAAAAACCCAAAAAAACUGUCUAUUGGAAUCUACUGAUCAUUGUACAUAUUGUAGAUAGUUUUUUAGACGACGAACCUGGUUUAAUUUUUUAUUCUCAACAGUGCAGAUUUUCAUUUAUUUAUUUGUUAUAGAUGUUUUAUUGAUGAGUUAUUUUUUGUUAUGUUUGUUUGUUGAGCCAUAAAUUGUCUUGCCAUCAAUAUGAUCAAUAGAUUUCAAGCAAUUGUACUUAAAUAGUUCCGCAAAACCCAUUUAUAUGUUUGUUUUGUAGUCGUGUUACAUUUUUAUUUAGAUUUGCUGUACUGUACUCUAUUCCAAUUUUCAAGAGUUAGCUUCUAAGUAAAAUAAAACAAUGCAAGUCCAAAGUUUCUAGACUAACGAUUUAGAAGCCUUGGUGCAAGCCCUUUUUGUGGCAAGCCAAUAUAGAUUUAUAGGUAUCACAGUGUAUAAACGGUAUGUAAUUUACCUUGGGUCUGGUUAAAAAUGUAUAUAAAAUAUUUAUUUAUUCCAGUAAAUGUAGAAUGCAACAAUAAAUCAUUCAGAAUCUGCA